AUGGGUAAAUUAUUAGUUAAUGGCUUAGGAUUAGGAUCAGUUGGUAUAGCUUCGUACUUCUGGGGAAAAUCAUCUGCUCCAACUCCAAGUCCAACAGCAGUAGAACCACCUAAAUCGGUUGUUCCAGGUAAGAAUAACGGCGUUGGUUCAUUUGAUGCAUCUAACAUAAGGCCAGAAGAUUUUUACAAAUACGGCUUUCCAGGUCCAAUUCACGAUUUAGAAAAGAGAAAAGAAUUUAUUAGUUGCUAUGACAGGAAGACCAGGAACCCAUACUGGAUUGUUGAGCAUAUUACGAAAGAUUCAAUCAGAUCAACCCAAGGUGUUGAUAGAAAGAAGUCAGUAUUUAAGGAAGAUGAAAACAUACCAUUAAAGUUUAGAAAUAGAUUGAGAGAUUACUUUCGCAGUGGUUAUGAUAGAGGACAUCAGGCUCCUGCUGCUGAUGCUAAGUAUCAUCAAGAUGCUAUGGACGAAACAUUUUAUUUGACAAAUAUUUCGCCUCAAGUUGGUGAUGGAUUUAAUCGGGAUUACUGGGCUCAUUUUGAAGAUUUUGCCCGUAGAUUAACCAAUGAAUACGACGGAGUUAGAAUAAUGACAGGACCAUUAUUUUUGCCAAAGAAGUGUCCCGAAAAUCCAAAUAAAUACAAAGUUGAGUAUGAGGUUAUUGGGUCACCCCCAAAUAUUGCAGUGCCAACACACUUUUUCAAAUUAAUCGUCGGAGAGAAGAACGGCUCAAAAGACAUUGCGGUUGGAGCAUUUGUAUUACCAAACCAGGCCAUCGACAAUGCCACGCCUCUCACCAGCUUUCAGGUUCCUGUGGAUGCAUUAGAAAGGUCAAGCGGGUUGGAAUUGUUACAUAAGGUUCCAUACACUAAUAAAAAAGAUUUAUGUAGAGAGGUGAAGUGUGAAAUAAUAGUCAGAGAAUUUCCUAAGAACGCCAACAAGUUAUUACCACAAGCCCCUCCCCAGGGAUUGUUACCACCACCUAAAUAG